AUGGGCCCUAGGAAACCGGCACCCUCUAAGCUUGGAGCAUCUCCCCCCCCCCCUCCCCACUGCAGCUUAGGAUGCCAAGUCAACGAUCAACCUCUUCGAGCACGUCAGAACGCCGCCAAAUCCCGACCACAAACAACGUCGCCCUCUUUCACUCAAUCCCUUCGUCAAUAUUUCAUCAGUCCCCGAAGGCAAUCCGAGGUCCUCGAUAGGGCUCCAGCCGCUCAAGCUGGCUCACCCGGACUGGAAGACCUACAGAAGCUCCCGAGCACCGAUGGAAAACAGAUCCCGGGGUGGUUGAACUUGUUCUAUGACCUCGCGUGGACCGCUACCUUCUCAAGUUUAACCUCGAACAACCAGUUUAGAGAACCAUGGGACUCGGUUUCAUACGUUGUCUUUUUUAUAGUGGCAUGGUGGAUGUGGGUUUCCCAAGCACUAUAUAACAUCGACUUCUACUCGAACGAUUGGUUCCAUCUACUGUUUAUAUUCUUACAAUUACUCGUGUUUGGUGCACUUGCCGCAACUACGAGGGGAUUUGAUAUCUCAAACUACAUUCUGCACUCUCCUGGGUCUAGUGAACUACACGUGUACGAUAUUAUGACCAUUGAACUGGAAAGCGGUCUUCUGCUAUUGCAACACUUGCGAGUCUUGAUAUACGCCAAGCUCACAUCCAAUCAAGGCCGGUUCCCCCGUCGACUGCUUAUCAUACCCAUAGGACUGAUCAUUUCCACUGGGCUCAUGUUUGGUUCUUUUUCAAUUACCUUGAACAAAGCGGGAACUGAGCCUUACGGUGCAAAAAUCAAAUAUGCUCUCUGGGGAGUUGCCAUACUGGUCGAAAUGAUUGCACAUGUUAUCCGAGCCCAACUAGAAAUUAACCAGGGCAUUCGCCUUCGUGCGCAUGGAUCCAUUGCUUCGCGGUUGUGUGACAUUACUACAAUCAUAAUAGGAGAGGGAAUAAAUGCUAUAUCUGGGACCUUCUACGCAAUUUUGCAAGCGCCGGGUUUUGGUGCCCCUACUGGGACGGGGGUUGUUUGCUGUGCAUUUAUCAUAUUUUUCCUGGUUUAUCUAUAUUUUGAGGGUGUGGCUCCACUUGGAAACAUCCGCCGUCGUGCCGCCUGGGUGAUGGUGCAUCUUCCAUGGUUGCUGAGUGUUAUUCUACUGUUAGAAGGUGUCAAAAACCAGCUUUUGCUUUCAAGCUUUUUCAGCACUAGUACCCACCUUAUGACCAAAAUAAUGGGAACACUGGAAUCUGACAUGGGCGAGGGUGCAGGCAUUGAGCAAGUAGAUCAAAUAAUGCGCCCCUUGCUUCUACAGGCAGGACUUUCAUGGGAGGAUGAAUUCGCGAGACUAGAGGCGCUAUACAGCAAUUCCACUGCGGUCAAUAGCACGGAUCCUAAUGCAAUAGAUCCCAGUUUUGGGGUCUGGCUUUUCAGGGUCUUACUUUCAACUACCUUGACUUCUUACCUGACGUUUAUGGACAAUGGCACUAUUUCCGAGGAGACUUAUAAAGUGAUUGAUAGCUAUCAGUAUGAUUAUAAUUUUACGCUAGAGGACCUCCAUGCGUCACUGGAGAAUGGGACUGCUCCUCACUAUGGGAAGGCGCGUAGUGCUUGA